AUGUUUGCCGGCUCAACAACUUCGACUCCAUUCUCAGUAAAGGAUAUUUUAAAUCUUCAGCAUCAUCCUGACAUGGCGUCUCUUGGAGAGUCGGCGGAGUUCGAUUCGCCUCCCUCCCCUGCUUCCUGUAUGCUGGCAGGGAGCAAACAACUGCACUUCAGUGAAACACAAUCUCUAGCGACAUACAAUGAGCCGCUGCCCAAACUGAAUUCCUGCAAAAAUCAUCCCAAUUAUUCCAGUAGUUCGUUCGGAAACAAUUAUUUGGAAAUCGACCGCAGAGAAGCAAAGGCAAGCAACGGAAAAUCUGAUUCAACGUUAGAAACGGGUUUAGAAAGAGAGAAAGCUGAUGAAGCCGAGAGGCCCCGGCGAAGAAGAAGGAAGCCAAGAGUGCUUUUCUCCCAGGCUCAGGUCUACGAGCUCGAGAGGCGGUUUAAACAGCAGAAAUAUCUCUCCGCACCCGAGAGAGACCAUUUAGCAAACAUACUGAAGCUCACCUCCACCCAGGUCAAAAUUUGGUUCCAAAAUCGCCGGUACAAAUGUAAAAGGCAACGCCAGGAUAAAUCUCUGGAGAUGGUUGGCCUCCCGCCUCCCAGAAGAAUCGCGGUACCGGUUCUCGUUCGAGACGGGAAGCCGUGUCUGGGAGAGUCUUCAUCUUACCACUCGCCGUAUAACAUGCACCUCAGCCCUUACGCUUACGGCACUUAUGCCAACUACACCAACUACAGUGCUGCAGCCUCCAACGCCAACUAUGACUGUAACUAUCCCAGUGUUCAAGCCAUGCCCCCUUCGACAGCGGCCAGCAGUUUUAUGAACAUGAACUUCACCGUCAAUGACCUGAACACUGCGGUACAGACUCAAAUCCACCAGAACACUGGGGUUUCCACAUUGCAUGGAAUUAGAGCCUGGUAA